AUGCCGGGCCGUCUUCUUUCCAGUUUGGUCUGGCACUCUGGCUCUCAUCACUCCAUCUCCUCUCAUUCAAACAACUCUUCCACGUCUUCCGUAAACGAAGUCCCACACAGCACAGUUCCUUCCAAGAAGCACCUGACCCACUCCCAUACUGACGGAACACACUCUCCGGAGCGCCGUCUGUCUUUCUCCAUGGACCACUUCAUCCACACCUACAGAGACCACCACAGCAAGGAAAAGCGCCGGGCCCAUGGACGGUCAUCCCGCUCGAAGGAGCGUGCUGGUCAUGAUGAGGACGCAGCUCCCUCAGCAAAGUUGGAUGUCAUUGUCGAGUCUCCUCCACUGGUCUGCUACGGAACUCCCGACAACUCUACUGGUGCUCUAUUUUCUGGGCGCUUGAGGGUUACCAUCCCUGAAGCUGCAGGCAUGGUUACCCUGGACAAGUUUGAUAUGCGCCUGGUUAUGAAGAAGACUACCAAGAAGCCAGUCUCGAGGGACUGCCCUGACUGCGCCUCCCGUACGGAAGAGCUGACCAACUGGAACUUCUUGACCGAGUCCAUUCACCUCAAGACUGGCGACCACGAUUUUCCGUUCAGCUACUUGUUCCCAGGCAACUUGCCCGCGUCCUGCAAUGGCUCCCUUGGUAAGGUCGAGUACUCCCUCGAAGCCCACGCACGCAACACUUCCGGCGAAGAUUACAGCUUCACCAUGCCCCUGCAAAUGAAGCGCGCCCUUCUUCCUGGCAAUGACAAAUCUUCCAUCCGCAUCUUCCCUCCCACCAAUCUCACCGGCCGCAUUGUGCUUCCAUCCGUUGUUCACCCCAUUGGCACCUUCCCUGUCCAGAUGACCUUGAGCGGAGUUUUGGACAAGGGCGACGAUACUCAGACUCGCUGGCGACUGCGCAAGAUGAUGUGGAGAAUCGAGGAACAUCAGAAAAUCGUCUCUACCGCAUGCCCCAAGCACACUCACAAAAUUGGCGGAGAGGGCAAGGGCGUUUUACAUCAGGAAACCCGAAUCAUCGGCCACAAUGAAGAAAAGGAUGGCUGGAAAACCGAUUUCGACACCGCGGGCGGCGAGAUCAGCAUGCAGUUCGAAGCAAACAUCAACCCUGCCUCCAACCCGAUAUGCGAUCUGGAGGCUCCGAACGGGUUGGAAGCGAAACACAACCUAGUGAUCGAAUUGAUCGUUGCGGAGGAAUUCUGCCCCAACCGCAACACCCGACUCAUCACACCCACUGGCGCAGCACGCGUUCUUCGAAUGCAGUUUAAUCUUCACGUCACCGAGAGAAGUGGACUCGGCAUUAGCUGGGAUGAGGAGAUGCCACCUGUCUACGAGGAUGUUCCCGCCAGCCCCCCUGGAUACACUAUGCUGGGCGGGAACAGUACCAUCGAAGAUUACACUGGGUCUCCACUGCCUCUCCCCGACGGUGACGGACUGGAGCGAAUGGAGUCUCUUCGAUUGGACAGUGCAUCGACACAUUCCUCUGCCCACUCCUCUACCCACUCCUCUACCCACUCCUCUCGUGGUCACGGCCGAAUCACCACCGAUGACCUCACCACCGAACCGGAGGAGUUCGGAAAUAGAAACCGAGCUCCAUCUCUAGACUCGUGA